CAUGUCGCGGGGCUCUAUCGAGAUCCCGCUCCGGGACACCGACGAGGUGAUUGAGCUUGACUUCGAUCAGUUACCUGAGGGGGAUGAAGUUAUAAGUAUACUGAAACAGGAACACACGCAACUGCACAUAUGGAUUGCCUUGGCGCUGGAAUACUACAAACAAGGGAAAACAGAAGAUUUUGUGAAGCUCUUGGAAGCUGCACGCAUAGAUGGCAACUUGGACUACAGAGACCAUGAAAAAGAUCAGAUGACAUGUCUGGAUACUCUGGCAGCAUAUUAUGUACAGCAGGCUCGGAAGGAAAAGAACAAAGACAACAAAAAGGAGCUUAUUACACAAGCUACCUUGUUGUAUACUAUGGCUGACAAAAUUAUCAUGUAUGAUCAGAAUCACUUGUUGGGAAGAGCCUGUUUCUGUCUGCUAGAAGGUGAUAAGAUGGACCAAGCUGAUGCACAGUUCCAUUUUGUGCUGAACCAAUCUCCAAAUAAUAUUCCAGCCCUUCUUGGUAAAGCAUGCAUUUCUUUUAACAAGAAAGAUUAUAGAGGAGCCCUUGCCUAUUACAAAAAAGCACUGCGCACCAAUCCAGGAUGCCCAGCUGAGGUUCGAUUAGGUAUGGGCCACUGCGUAGGGGCUUUGGUUGGACUGGCUGUUCUGGAACUCAAUAAUAAAGAGGCUGAUUCCAUCAAAAAUGGUGUCCAACUCCUUUCUAGGGCUUACACAAUUGAUCCCAGUAAUCCAAUGGUGCUGAAUCACUUGGCUAAUCACUUCUUCUUCAAGAAGGAUUAUGGCAAAGUCCAACAUUUGGCUCUUCAUGCUUUCCAUAAUACAGAAGUUGAAGCAAUGCAGGCAGAGAGUUGUUACCAGUUGGCUAGAUCUUUUCAUGUACAGGAAGAUUACGAUCAAGCUUUCCAAUAUUAUUAUCAGGCCACUCAGUUUGCCUCAUCCUCUUUUGUACUUCCAUUUUUUGGAUUGGGUCAGAUGUACAUUUAUCGAGGGGACAAAGAGAAUGCAUCACAAUGCUUUGAAAAAGUUUUGAAAGCUUAUCCUAACAAUUAUGAGACUAUGAAAAUCCUUGGCUCUCUUUAUGCAGCUUCAGAAGACCAGGAGAAACGGGAUAUUGCGAAGGGUCAUUUGAAGAAAGUCACAGAGCAGUAUCCAGAUGAUGUAGAAGCAUGGAUUGAAUUAGCACAAAUUCUAGAACAGACUGAUAUACAGGGUGCUCUGUCAGCCUAUGGAACAGCCACACGCAUUCUGCAAGAGAAAGUGCAGGCUGAUGUCCCACCCGAGAUUCUGAAUAACGUGGGUGCUCUGCACUUCAGACUUGGAAACCUAGGAGAAGCCAAGAAAUAUUUUUUGGCAUCACUGGAUCGUGCAAAAGCAGAAGCUGAACAUGAUGAGCAUUAUUACAAUGCUAUCUCUGUAACAACGUCCUAUAACCUUGCCAGACUAUAUGAGGCGAUGUGUGAAUUUCAUGAAGCGGAAAAGCUGUAUAAAAACAUUUUAAGAGAACAUCCUAAUUACGUUGAUUGCUACUUGCGCUUGGGAGCUAUGGCUAGAGAUAAAGGAAAUUUUUAUGAAGCUUCUGAUUGGUUUAAAGAAGCACUUCAGAUAAAUCAGGACCAUCCAGAUGCUUGGUCUCUAAUUGGUAAUCUUCAUUUGGCUAAACAAGAGUGGGGUCCAGGACAGAAGAAAUUUGAGAGAAUAUUGAAACAACCUUCCACACAAAAUGAUACUUACUCCAUGCUGGCUCUUGGCAAUGUUUGGUUGCAGACUCUGCAUCAACCUACAAGGGAUAGAGAAAAGGAAAAGCGUCAUCAAGACCGUGCAUUAGCAAUCUACAAGCAAGUACUCAGAAAUGAUCCAAAGAAUUUGUAUGCUGCCAAUGGCAUAGGAGCUGUCUUGGCACAUAAAGGAUAUUUCCGUGAAGCUCGUGAUGUUUUUGCCCAAGUGAGAGAGGCAACGGCAGAUAUCAGUGAUGUUUGGCUGAAUUUGGCACACAUAUAUGUAGAACAGAAACAGUACAUCAGUGCUGUGCAGAUGUAUGAAAACUGCCUCAGAAAGUUCUAUAAGCAUCAAAAUACAGAGGUGUUGUUGUAUUUGGCUCGGGCCCUCUUCAAAUGUGGCAAGUUACAGGAAUGCAAGCAAACUUUGUUAAAGGCCAGGCAUGUAGCACCAAGUGAUACAGUACUUAUGUUUAAUGUGGCUUUAGUGCUGCAAAGACUAGCUACCUCUGUCCUAAAAGAUGAAAAAAGCAAUCUAAAAGAGGUGCUUAAUGCUGUGAAAGAACUGGAGCUAGCUCACAGGUACUUCAGUUACUUAAGUAAAGUAGGUGAUAAAAUGAGAUUUGAUUUGGCACUUGCUGCUACAGAAGCCAGGCAGUGCUCUGACUUAUUGAGCCAGGCCCAGUAUCAUGUGGCUCGGGCACGCAAGCAGGAUGAAGAAGAGAGAGAACUGCGUGCCAAGCAAGAGCAAGAAAAGGAACUGCUUCGCCAAAAACUACUUAAAGAACAGGAAGAGAAGCGUCUAAGAGAAAAAGAAGAACAGAAGAAACUUCUGGAACAAAGAGCUCAAUAUGUGGAGAAGACCAAAAACAUUCUGAUGUUCACUGGUGAAGUCGAAGGAUCAAAGGAGAAAAAACGUGGUGGUGGUGGAGGAAGGCGUUCCAAAAAAGGAACAGGGGAAUUUGAUGAGUUUGUCAAUGAUGACAGUGAUGAAGAUCUACCCAUGUCUAGAAAGAAAAAGAAGAGAAAGGGCAGUGGUAGUGAACAAGAAGGGGAAGAAGAGGAAGGAGAGAGAAAGAAGAAGAAGAGGAGGAGACCCCAGAAAGCAGAUGAGGGGAGUGAUGAUGAAGAGCAUGAAAAUGGUCCAAGACCUAAAAAACGACGUCCACCCAAAGCAGAGAAGAAGAAGGCUCCCAAACCUGAGCGUCUGCCUCCUUCAAUGAAAGGAAAGAUCAAGUCAAAAGCCAUAAUUUCAUCUAGUGAUGAUUCUUCUGAUGAGGAUAAACUCAAAAUUGCUGAUGAUGGGCAUGCUAGGGUUAGCAACAGUGAUUCGGAAGAUGGAGACCAGCAACACAGCAAGCGCAUUGUUUCUGACAGCGAUUCCGAUCACAGGAACAAGUCCGGCAGCGAGGCAGGCAGCCCGAGGAGGUCCAGCGUCCGCCCGUCCGACGAGGAGUCUGACAGUGACAGGUCAGCCAGAAAAAGGAGGCGGUCGGAUUCGGAGCAGUCUGACAACGAGUCUGUACAGUCGGGGAGAAGCCGCUCGGGUGGUUCGGAAAACGAAUCUCGCCCGGCUUCCCGCAGCGCCGACUCGGACAGAGAGUCGGAGAGGGGGUCUGACAAUGAGGGCUCUGGCAGGGGAUCGGGCAAUGAAUCUGAACCAGAAGGAUCCAACAACGAUGGGUCCGAAGGUGGCUCAGAUGACAGUGAUUAGAUCUAAAUUACAGAACAUCUUUUUAAAAUGUUCUUGUAAAUAUAUUUCAGUUAUAGGGAAAAUCCAAUUUUUAUAUUUGAAAACUGUGAUUUAAAAACAAAAUAAUGUUUUAGUAAACUGUUGUGAAACUUUCCUGUGAUUCUUUCUGUUAGUAACUAAUGGAUGUUUCUAAGUUGACUUAGGGUAUAGUCUAAAAUGGAAACUGCUGUAGAUAAAGAACAGAGACCCUGUGCUAUCUAUAAUCAGCAUACCAAGGAUAGAAUGCAUGUAAAACUAUGGAACAUUAUAUUAUUGUUUAGAUGGUUCCAGUGUGGCUAAAAUUGUGUGUUCUGUGUUCAUACAUG